UGAUGAGUUACACCCAUGCAGCUCACCGGUGACUCUUCUACGCCCAUGAAAUCUAGCCCCGAUCACCAGCUUUAUAAAGCCCACUUGGAUACCAGUGUUUGUAAAUCAGUCACAAUGAGUCCUCUCGUGCAGAGCAUCCUCGCCAUGGCAUUCUCCCUUCUGCUGCCCGGGAAAGUCUACUCGGACAGCACGGGGCUUCUGGCCGUGGGCUCAUCACUGAACUCCAGCUCUGUGGCCAUGUUCCAGAACCAAAUGGAUCCUCGCCAGGUCUCGGCCAGAGCCGUUUCAUCGUGUUACACGUGCACCGGAGGAUCGUGCAAGGUUGAGAAAACAUGCACCGAGGUUCCCGACGCCGUGUGCAUCACAGGAUUCAUGGACGCUGUCAACUUGGAGAUGCAGGGCUGCGCAAGUAAGUCAAUCUGCGAAAGCUACAGGAAGGCCUACAGCUGCAUGGAUAAUGCACCCAUCGUGGGCUUCUGCUGCUGCUCGUCCAGAAACUGCAACUCGGACAAAAACACGUGCAUCAGGGAGAUCGCCAACCGGUGCCGCAACGGGGCUGGUGGUCUUGGCGGCGGCAGCAGCUGGACUCUGGCCCUGCCUCUCGUGACACUUUCGGGGUUCCUGCUGCGCUGAUUAGGCUGGGCAAGGGACCUCGACUCCACACCCUCCCCUCCCCACCCAGCCCCUCCCUGCAUAGACGGACACAAUCAUCUCCCGUGGGCUGGUGUAACCAGGAGGUUCCUACCAGUAUAACCGUGGGGCCUGUGUCACCUGCACCUAGGCCCUUAUGACCUCAACGCCCUCUAUACUGUAGUGUGAGUUGGGGGCUCUUGUAAAACACGAUUAUAAUUACAAAAAAAUUCAAAUCUAGGACUACAGACGAUUUCUUAGCGAAAUUGAGUAUUUGAAUAAGUGUUAUGGUGGUCGUAUAACCCCCUGGCCAACAUUGCACAGGGGAGGUCUUCGUUGAGCAGUGUCGAUUGCGAAGGGUUGUAAAUUAUGGUGUCGCCCGUCAUAAUGGGUUCAUAUCACAUCUUUGAUUAACACGGUCGGCUAUGUACGGUGCGAAAGAAGUUCAACGUACGUGCUGUAGCUACUCGAAAUGUUAGAAAUUAUUCGAUUGCAAUGUAUUUUUUAAAAAUCAAACCAUGAGUCUGGAUGAUUGCAAUUCUGCCUGCUUGAGAGAUAAUACAUCUACCAUCUAUUACAAAGCAAAAUGCAAUGGAAUCUGGAAUGUGAAUAUUUGAAUGCAAUUAAAGGUACUAAAUCAAUGCGCCGAUUUCUUUAUAUCAGUGUGUCUUUAACGUAAAAAAAAAAUCCCAGUUAAUGUUACUAACAUAGCGGUGGUGGA